UUCUCUGUAACGACGUGUUCUCUAGUUCCGCAGCCACAUCUGUAAAUGUCAGAUGAUUCGCUACGGUAAACCUCUUUUUUGAAGUUUUCAUCAAUGACUCGAGUCGUGACCGAAUUAUAUGGCGAGCAGCUUUCGACUUCGGUACAACGUUGUCUAAUGCCAAAAGAGUUUUAAAAGCAAUCUUUAAGUUAAGUUGAAGCUGGUGGAGAUUUCCCCCUGUGGACGGCGAGCAAGGCUCUAGGUUUCAGGGUGGCAGAAUUCGAGAAGACUGGCCCAGGAUAAACUUCCUGUGUGCGCGGAAUCACACCCCCGUGAAAUGUAUCCUUCCGCCAAGAGAAAAUCAUGGCCUCCCUUUGGUGUGCCAAAGACUGGCCACAUCUGUUAAUGUCGUUAGGCGUCGUAUCAGCUGGGUGAUAUAGUGAGUGUAAAGAGAUAGGACUGCCAGUUGAAGGCUAGAAGGGAGAUCGGAGCAAAAUCGAAACUCACAAACGUUUCACUUCUUGAAGUUGUAGGAAAAAAUUGUUUCACACUGGAUGUUUUAAGGGGAAUGGACCAGCGACUCUAUGGAAUGAGUGCCCCGACAUUGCAUCACUACCCUCAUUCCCUGCCCGGGGGGUACGGGCUCGGACAGACCCUACAGAGACACAGCCCUUUCUCCUCUGUGUACGGAGGUACGGGGCUAGGGUAUUCCUAUCAGGACUGGAGUUCAGCUCACACCACCACAGGAUUCAAUCUGAACGGAACAUACAAUGGCACCUCCAGUUUUCUCUCAUCCAGAGACAGUAAUAACUUUAAUUCUGUGAAUGCCUCGCGAUCCUCUCCUAACUCCGGCUGUGUUUUAAAAACUCCCUCUCAAUACUGCAGUUCUGGGUCUGCCUUUCCGUCCUCUUACCCUAGUGAUGGUUCUCCACCCCAUACCUGUCCCAUGGGCAGUCCCGACGACAAGAGUCCAGGCUCACCGGACUCCUACAAGUUAGACCUGUCUUCCAAACCGAGGAAAGAAAGAACAGCUUUUACCAAACAACAGAUCAAAGAGUUAGAAAAAGAAUUUGCCACACAUAAUUAUUUAACCAGGUUACGCCGGUACGAGAUAGCUGUGGCUUUGAACCUUACGGAACGCCAGGUAAAGGUAUGGUUCCAAAACCGGAGGAUGAAGUGGAAGAGGGUAAAGGGUGCUCAGUUAGUCCGAGAUAAAGUAACUGGUCAACUCAAGCCAUUAAUGACGCCUAACGUCACGUCCACAGGAAGUCCCACUGACUGUUUCUCAGAAAGCCUAAGAGAUGGCUGUGAAUCACCAUUAAAAUCAAACUCUUAGUGUGCCCUGGACACCAUCGUUGCCAUAUGUUUGUUUUAACAGCCACGUCGCUACUUAAUAACAUGCAGCGAAGCAGAAAAUGUUAGCCGAUAGAUUCUACACUAGAUGUACUGUCAGGAUGUCACGAGAACUGCGGCAUAACAAAUUCUCCACUUCCUGUCCAGGGACUGUAGGCGAUUUGAUUCGGCGAACAGAAGGCAUGUCUUGGAAAAUCACCAGCUGAGGUGGAGAAAGAGGGAUGGUGACCACCCAGUGUCUGAUAUGAGUACUAGAAACAUUGCGAUUUUGUGGUUUGUGAUCAGUUGUCGCGAUCAAAGACCACCAUAAACACAUCGGGACAUUUAGUUGAUGGAUCGAAUGAUGAUGUUUCUAAACUGUAAUUAAAAUGAUCAAAGUUAGUCUUAGUAAGCUUGUGCUUUAACUUUAACUGUGUCAUCGUAAGGUAACACAUUUUUGGAAAUUCUGAGUUAUUUUUUAUAUUACGAAUUCGACAUCCGAAAUCGUUACAAAAUUAUCAGACUUGUAUUACUUUCUUCUGCUAAAUUGAUUCGUUCCAAGAAAAAAAAAUCAUUUUUUAGGGGAAAGUGUUAAGUGUUUUUCUAACAGUCACAAGAUUUUUUUAAAUACACUCUUAUUCACCCAAUGGACGCCCGCCAUAUGGUGAACAUAGAGCCAAUCAGAGGCUUUGUAUAUCUCAUCGACGUUGCACCCUCAGGGAGAUCCCAUUUUUGUAUAUACUAUUCAGUGCCUCGACUUUAUUACGUUUUUAAAUAAAUA